AGAAAUUGGAAGAAUUUUGGAAGAGAGGUGUCUGAUACAAGCCUUUGUUGCGCCCAUGUCGUCCCUCCUGCGAAGAACGCCGGCCAAUUGGCAGCAUUGGACGAGGUUAGAAGCGGGCAGUCAUGCCAAUGCCAGGGAAUGCUGUCCUUGUACUCAACGAAAACAGAUUGGUGCUCGACCAGUUGACCCCGUUGGCGGUCAGCGGUGUUGCCUGCAAAGCCCCAGACUUUCCAUGCAGCUUCCCUGGUGUAGGAAAGAGGACAAGGUCAUCAGGAAAGCUUCAAUUGAUAGACUGAAGCUGAGUCCUGGGGAUGGGCGGUGUCGAGAAAGAUGCAAGUGUAGCCACCAGAAUGCUCUAUUCUGCUUGGAGCACAACAAAGAGCAGUCUCAGAAACAACAUGAUUCCAUGCUGGGGCUUCGGAACCUGCAAACUUUGAGCAAAAGGCAGCUAAUGCUGACCCUUGGGGCUAGCAUCCUAUCGCUGGUGGCGGCAGGAUCUUCUGAAGCUGAACCAGAGGAAGAGAAGCAGCCGGCAGAAGUGAUUCGGGAGCGCAAUGCUGAGAAAGUCCGUAAAGAGGUUGGCAGCCAAGACCUGCUGGUCGACUACACAAAAGCAGGGCCAUAUGACAUCAGAACGCUGCCGACAGUUCUUGAGCACACCUGCGCCAAUUGCUACCCUCAAUGUGUUGAUGGGGGGUGCUUGCUGCGGAUCAAGGUCACUUACCCAGGCAAUGGGCGCUCAGGACAUGAACCAUACCCCCUUGCCAUUUUCUCAGGCGGUUUCCUUGUCAGUUCCGACCAGUACCAGAGCUACGCAGACAGACUGGCCAGCUGGGGCUAUGUCGUACUGACCUACAACAAGGCCGAAGGGCUGACUGGCCCCUUGGAUGACGUUCUCUCCGCUCGCUUCAUCAGUGAGCUCAUAACCUGGGCCGAGCAGAGUCGCAUCCUCAAGUCCAAGAUUGACACCAGGCGGGUCUAUCUCUGCGGACACUCCAGAGGCGGUAAGAUCAGCGUGCUCGCGGCCGCACAGGAUCAACGGGUGGCUGCGCUGUGCCUGCUGGACCCGGUCGACAACACGGUAUACGCUCCCCUCGCCCCCGGCUAUCCGUCCGCUGUGGCUGCCCUGCGAGUCGGCCGGGACGGAACGGAAUCCAUCCGAGGCCCAGCGGGGCCCAAGACGGUGCUCGUCAAGGGGCGGUACCUCGCCGCCUCGCUGCCGAUUGCCAUCGUAGGGGGGGCGUUUGGGGGCGACUGCGCACCCCCUGACGCGAACUACCGGCAAUUCUACAACGCCAGCUCGUCGCCCUCUUGGGAGGUGGUCAUUCGAGAGGCCGGGCACUUCCAGUUCGUCGACAACGCAUCAACCCUUCAGGAUGCCGUUUGCGGGUCUGGCCGGGUCGACAGCAAGGUCGUGAACGACGUUUCCAAGGCCGUGAUGGUGACGUGGGCUGAGCUCAUGAUCCGGGGGAAGCGGGCAACGCGGCGGGACGCUUCGCCGAGCCGCUCGUCAGAGGCGCCUCCGGAUUCGGUAGAUGCUUUGAGUGGAUUUCCAGCAACUUCCACGAGUGGUCCGAGAAUGACGAGAAGAGAUCAGGACAGCAUAGCGAGUGCGUCUCCGGACGUCCGAUCUGGAUCACUAGACGACGCCCGGUCCAAGGAAAGUAGACAGAGUAGCGACUCGUCUGCAAGUGGCUCGGGCAAAGUUUCGUCGUCGAAAGAGGCAGGACAAGCGGCAGUUCAGAAAGCGAGCGGAGGAGAUUUGUCAAUACCGAAAAGAGCACUGGCCGGGGCAGCGUCUCCGGCCGGUGCCCUCGAGGCUAGUGUACGAGAAUCAGCACCCGGAAGUGUCGAUCGGGGCACGGAGAACGGGGCGCUAAUAGGUGGUCUGAUCAAGGAUUGGGUCGAAGAUCACAAAGGAGAGGAGGCUGCACUAUUUGGCAGUCGGAUAUGGUCGGUUGCAGAAGCUGUGGAGGCGAUCACGAAAGUGGUAAGACAACGUGCAAUGGUCAGCUCCCAACUUCGUCUCUAAGGGUAAGACGUUGAUACGCACGCCAAUCCGAUCAUGCAAUUCAUAAUGCUCUCAAGCGUAAGUAGGCAAGUAUUUUUCCUCGUUUUCCUUGUCGAGCACGGAAG